AUGGCAAACGAAGUUGAAAAAAAACUCCAAACAGAAGCUGCAGAAUCCACUUCAGAAAAAAGAAAAUUACGUAAAUUAGAAGAUGAUGAAGAAUACGAUUAUAUUGCAGUACCACCCGAUGGAGGCUUUGGUUGGAUAGUUCUUAUAGCUUGUUUCCUUAUUAAUUUAAUUAUUGAUGGUUUUCUCUAUGCGUUUGGUGCCAUUUCAGACACUUUAAAAAAACAUUUUGAAUGUCAAGAAUGGGCAGUAUCACUUGUUAUUUCUCUUGCUUGUGGUUUUUAUUUACUUAGUGCACCGGUAGCUUCUGCACUAUGUAAUAAGUUUGGAUGUCGUCCCAUUGGCAUAAUUGGAAGUUUUAUUGCUGCACUGGCCGUUGCAGCAUCAAUCUAUUCACCGAAUAUAUAUAUAAUGUGGUUAUUAUUUGGAUUUAUUGGCGGUAUUGGUAUGGGUCUUGUUUAUUUACCAAGUAUUGUCAUGGUUGGUUAUUAUUUUGAAGAAAAACGUGCUAUAGCUACAGGUAUUGUUACUGCUGGUACAGGAAUUGGUUCGAUUACAUUUGGACCACUUUCAAGUUUUUUAUUCAAAUAUUUCGGAUGGAAAAAAGGUUUAUUAAUACUAGCUGCUAUUGUUGCAUUAUGUGCUGCUUGUUCUACUUUAAUGGUUCCUUUAAAACCUCAAAGAAAACGACGUAUAUCAGCAACAAAUGAAGUACGUGACGAAGAUGCUCCGGCUACGACUACAUUACCUUUACUCAGUGGCACGAAAAAUGCUGAAGCUGUUGGUACAUCUGUAUCAGGUCAUAAUCCAAAUCCAAAUAUACAUGAGGGAGAAACAGAAGGAAUGCUACGAAAACAAUCACGAGCGAAUUCUACUACUUCAGUUAAAUCAAGACAAAGCAUUAAAGCUGACGAUGCUGUUCGUCCCUUAUAUAAAGAAGAUAUACUUUAUCAAGGUGAUACAAGAGAUUUACCUGAAUUUCAAUCUCAACCGGACAUACCUACUUAUAUUCAAGAAACAACUAAAAUACCAGAAACAACAAAAAAAUCACCAAUGAAAGCAUUUUGGGAUGUAUUUCUUUCUAUGACAAAUAUCAAUGUUUUAAAUGACAAAAAAAUGAUUAUCAUAUGUUUGGCUAAUGUCUGUUCAAUGAUCGGCUAUUAUACACCUUAUUUAUUUAUUGUUAAAGUAGCAACAGAAGAAAGAUCUAUUCCUAAAUCAAGUGCCGUCUUUCUAUUAUCAAUUAUUGGUUUUAGUAACACAUUUGUUCGAUUUACAUCUGGUUGGAUAACAAAAAUUCCAUAUAUGAGUCCAUUACUUGUCAAUAAUAUUGGUUUAACUGUGGCUGGUAUAGCAACAUUACUUGUUCCAUUUUGUGGGACACAUGGACUUCUUAUAGCUUAUUGUAUUAUAUGGGGUGGUUUCAUUGCUUUUCAUGUUUCUUUAAGUCCAGUAAUUGUUUGUCAAUUAGUUGGUCUUGAACGUUAUAGUAGUGCCUUAGGUUUAACAUUGAUGUUUCGAGGUAUUACAUCAUUAACUGCUCCACCUGUAAUGGGUGCUAUUCGAGAUGUAACAGCAAGUUUUAAUAUACCAUUUAUGAUAGGCGGUACUAGUUUUAUAACAAGUGCAUUAAUGCACUUUUGUCUUAUGUGGAUUAAUCGUCAAGAAGAAGUUAACGCAAGAAAAAAGACAAACGAAAACACAACAGAAACAAAUCCAGCAACAAUAAACGUGUGA